CGCUGCGCCGCGCCAUCUGCGCAUCCUCAUCGCGCCAUGCAUGACAUGGCGCAGCGCAAGCGGCAGAGCAGGCGGCAAGAAGGAGCGGCGGCCCCGAUCUUCCUCCUGACGCGUCGUUCGCUUUGCUUGCGCGCUGCUUCUCAACAGAGGCAGCCGCUCCGGUGUUGGCCUCUUGCCUCCCCUCCACCACAAGCGCGCCGCCAUGCCGCUCCCUUCGCUCCCCUCGCUGCGCACCAAGGCCACGCCUGCCUCUGCCUCUGCGCCCUCCGCCGCCGCCGCGCACGCCCAGCCGCCGCGCCUGCGCGCCCAGGACCACCAGUGCCGCGCCUACCCCAUCGACGUGCACAUUGCUGGCGCGGGCGUGGAUGUGGGUUCCGUCGUCUCGCCUCUCAUCGUCGGCGCCUACUCGCUGCAUUUCGGGCGCGGCAAUCCCCUCAACUGCACCGCCUCUCUGCUUCCCGACGACGCGCUCUAUCCCUCCUGCGGCGCCGCCGCCGCCGCCGCCGAUGACGCCGAGGCGCCUCCCUCGCUCGGACGCGUCGCGCGGCGCCUCGAACUGCUCGCGGCCGUCGAGGCGCUGCUGGCGCUGCGCGAGCGCUACGGCUCACGCGGCGGUGCACGUGCAGUGUGCUGCGCGCAUGUCUACACCGCCUCGACGUACGUGGCGCACGCGUGGGCAGAGUGGCUGCCCCGCUGGGAGGCGCAUGGCUGGCCGGGCGAAGCGGGCGGCGGCAAGCAGGAGCAGGAGAGGCGCAUCAUGCCGGCCGCACCGCCGCUCAGUGGCACGCGCGACAGACGCUCCUCGACGCUCAGUGCUCACGGCUCCAUUCGAAGUCGCUCCUACUCACGCGGCACCUCAAGUCGCAUCUCCACCAUCGAUGUCGACGGUGCUGGCGGCGGCGGCGGUGACGCACAGAGCAUCCUCUCGAGCGCCUCCCUCUCCUGCAGCGCAGCGCAUCUCUUCGACGCCGCCUCCGGCGCGCCGCUCGACGCCGACCUGCUGCGGCAGCUGGCGAAGCUGCGCGCGCACUUUGGCACGCUGCAGAGUGAGCAGCGCGGCGGAUGCUUCUUCUACGCCGCGCCGAGAAGGGCAAGUCCGGCAUACGAGAAUGCUAGGGCGGCGGCGGCGGCGAGAGGCGAGGAGGCGCUGCAGCAGCAGCAGCAGCAGCAGCAGAUGGGACAGAGGCGAACGCCGAGCAGAAGCGCCGCGAGAGCGCAGAGCCGCACCUCGCUGCACGGCGGCGAGCGACGCUCCAGCAAGGUGCAGCGCACUGCGCCGACGUUGCCGCCGCUCAUGCUCGACGUGCCGGAGGCGGCGGCGGAGGAGGCGACUCAAGUGCCGCAUCAAGCGACACCUGCUGCUGCAGGUGUGACGCCCUCGGCAGAGGCGCCCUCCUCCGCUGCAGCUGCUACUACAUCGGACGACCCUGCGCGCGCCUCUGCGUCGCCGCCGUCGACGGCCGCAGACACUGCUUCGCUGUACGCAGCCGACGACGACGACGAUGAGGAAGAGGCAGGCGACGCCGCUGCUGCUGCUGCACCUGCCGCCGUCGCCGCCGUCGCCGCUGCCGCUGCCGUCGCUGCGCCCCCUGCCUCGGCACGCAGCCACCGCAGCGCCGCGGGCAUCGGCGGCGGUGGCGGCGGCGGCGUCGGGGGAGCGCGUGCCUCGCGGCGCAUCUACACUGCGCCGCUCGCCUCCGACGCCGGCGCCAAGCGUCUCUCGACGUAUGCCGCUCCUGGCGUCGCCGUGGCGCCCUCGCGACGACGCUCGCUGCUCGAUGCCGUGCAUGUCGAGCCGAAGCCGCCGCAGCAGCAGCAGCCGCAGCAGCGCAAGGACAAGCCGAGCACGCGCUACAUGCCCGCCAUGGCCAGUGAUGCGUAUCGAAGAGACGCAAAUCUGCCGCGCGACAAGCGGCGCAUGAAGUGGUGGGAGCGCGCGGGCUACUGGCUCGCCGCCUAAGAGCACACACACGAGCCCGACCAAUCGCCGUCGCUCACUCUCUGCAACUGCCCCCCCCCCCCC